UUUUUCUCCAGACCUCGCCCUGGACUCUCCUGGCACUGACCACUUUGUUAUCAUUGCCCAGCUGAAGGAGGAAGUGGCUACUUUAAAAAAGAUGCUGCACCAGAAAGAUCAGAUGAUUUUGGAGAAGGAGAAGAAGAUCACAGAGCUGAAAGCUGACCUCCAGUACCAGGAAUCUCAGAUGAGGGCAAAGAUGAACCAAAUGGAGAAGACACACAAGGAGGUCAUGGAGCAAUUACAGGCCAAGAACAGAGAGCUCCUGAAGCAAGCAGCUGCCCUGUCCAAGGGCAAGAAGCCGGAGAAGCCGGGAGCAAUAACCUCCCCUUAG